UGGUACAAUGUAAAAGGGGGGGUUACAGAAGCAGAGUCAGACAGUUGGAUUGUGUCUGCUUGCCCUUAGAGACAAUGAAAGCACUCUCAGGCCUUGGUGCUUUAUGUGGAAGAUCACACUGCUCAACCCGCAUGGAAGCAUAGGAAGCCUACACAUGUAUUGUUCCUGCCCAGAGAGGACUAGUGCUUUUUACACUUGAUACUGCUAUAAUGGCAUUGUGUUGGAACUUAGUACAUGCUGUGCUCUGGACAACUGCAUGUUUAUUCACAGCAGAUGUCAGAGCAUCAUCAUGUGCUGAGCUACACACUCCAUCUGUAGUGGUUCCUUUUGGCUCACAAGUUGCAGCUUCCUGUUACAUCAAAGAAGAAUGUUCACUGACAAAAGACCAAGAUUUUCAUGUGAAGCUGUAUUACAACAAUAUUUUAAUCCAUAGCAAUAAGACCAGUCAGGAUACAAGGAUAUAUGAAAUCCUCAUAACCAACUUCACAGACACGAGAGCAGUGCUGGAGUGUCAUGUCUGCUUAUCUGAUUACUGCAAAGUAGUAGAUGCCCUCGAGAUCAAAGCAUCAUAUCCCCCGCCUGUCCCUCAGAACUUGACCUGCAUAUUAAAUCUUACUAAACCAAUCACACUGUUAUGUAAGUGGGACCCAGGUCAGAAAAUGCUGGAUAUUCCAACAAAUUACACUCUACACAUAGAAUUCAGUGGUUCUGAGAGGUUUAUCUAUGUUCCGGCACCUGGCAAACACUUCUACAGGGUUCCACGUGCUGGCAUCACAUUCUUUAAUACAAUGCAUGUUUAUGUGAUGGCAGUCAAUGCCUACGGCAAUUCCACAUCUGAAACCCAGGAACUGUGGCCCAUGAAAACAGCUAAGCUGGAUGCUCCACAAAUUCAAAGAGUUGGAACAGGAAAGUUUGGAUGCCUAGAGCACUGUUGGAGACUCUCACAGACCCAGGGCUGGAUUACUAGGUCCCUACUUGUGGAGAUAAGACUUAAACCUAUGGACGGCAAAGUUUUGGACAGAGAGCAGGUAAGCUCUAGGAAAGCCAGACCUACUAGCACAAUAGAGGUGUGCGGUUUGCUUCAUGGGAUGAUCUACCAGUCCAGCAUGAGGGUGAGGUAUGACACUGGCCCAUGGAGCGAGUGGAGUCAUCCCACAAAGGCUACUACACCUAUGAAGGCUCCUACUGGCCGACUAGUCACAUGGCUAAAGCUACUCGGGCCCCCAGUAAACAAACAUUACAUGGCACAGUUGCUUUGGAAGCCAUCGUUGCAGUUCCGUGCCAACAGUAUGAAUCUGUCUUACAUCGUGUCAUACAUGAGGACACCCAAAAAGAAGGAGAGUGUGUGUGUCACAGAGUUGCAGCACUGCUCCUUCCAGCUCCCUGUAGGUGUCAGUAAGGUCUCCCUCUCAGCCAUGAACACAGCAGGAAAAUCUAGCUCAACAGAGGUGGCUGUGUACAGGCGAAAAGAAUUGGACCCUGUCCGUUAUUUACAUGUUUUACCAGAAUCUGAAGAGUCAGUGCUUAUAGAAUGGGUAAGCCCUUCUCCACUCAUUACUGGCUAUGUGCUAGAGUGGAAAGCAUCAUGGGAGGCAAUCUCUGAUUCCAUCUCGUUCGAAAUUCUGGACAAAAAUCAGACCAGUUUGGUAGUAUCGGGACUUGAGCCUUACAAACCCUAUGAAUUUUCUGUAUAUGCUAAGUAUAAAGAAGGUAUUGGUCAGUCCUCCACUGUCAUGGCAUACACAAAAGAGAAAGCCCCUUCUGUAUCUCCAAAGCUGAAGUUUAGAGAGUUUAGACCAUAUAUUGAGCUUUCCUGGGAUGAAAUCCCAUUGCAAGAAAAGAAUGGAUUCAUUACUGGCUAUAAGGUUUUCUACUGGGAUGAAAAGAACAACACCAGAGUUAUAGAUAUUGAGGGCACACAGACAAGUGUGGUUCUGAAAGAUCUCCAUCCUUUCUCCAUGUAUGAAUUCCUCCUUAUGACUAGCACAAAUGGAGGAAGUCUAAAUGGAUCCAUUGUCACAAUGCAAGCCCCAGUUAUUGAUUCCUUUGAAAUAGUUUUGUUUCUGGUCCCAGCAUGUGUUGGGUUGAUACUUCUUUUCAUUGGUGUAUUUGCCUGUUUCAGUAAAAAUGAAUGCUUGAAGAAAUUCCUGUGGCCAAUGAUACCUGAUCCAGCCAACAGCAGUAUUAAAAAAUGGACCACAACUGAUUCACUGCUGGAUAUACCCACCUUUAAAGAGGUCAAGGAACCUGUGCUGGUAUAUCUUUCCCAUUUUAGUCUUCUGAGCUCAUCUGAAAGUGAGCUUUGGAAAGUAGAUAAGAAACUCAAGAGUAGCAAAUGGACAUAUGAUAGGUGCAAAGCUGAUGAAGGCCACACUGACUCGUCACAUGAUUCAAGAACCUAUAACUCAGGGCAAAUGAAUGAGUCUGUACCUUAUGCUACUGUUGUCUUUGCUGGUCCAUAUCGGAGCCAGCCUGUCCCUCCACCAGCCUACUUGCGUUCUGACUCAACACAACCUCUCCUGGGGGAAGAGGAACCUUCUAGUCCUCUUCCAUUCAAGAUGUGCCCCAAAGUGAAUGUCUCUGAAGUUGAUCACUUUUCUACUUGUGAGGAGAAUUUAAAAACUGUACAAAUAAAGGGUUCACUUUUGGAAGAUUUUCCUAUGCUCAGAUCCUUAGAGACUCAGAAUUAAGCCUAAAUUCAAAAGUCUUCACUGAUUUUACUGUCAUAUGUAAAAGUGUAGUUAGGAAAUAUUAGUUGUUGAAAUUUAAGUCAUUUAGGACUUUGGAACCUUAUACAAUAUGUACACUUUAUUGUGAAAUAGAAACACCUUCAUUUUCUUUAUGGGUGUAUCAAAUUUAGCAGCAACAAUCUAUGAAAUGUGGCUCAUUGCUGAUGAUUUAAGGCAACCUGCAGGACAUCACAUUCACCAUAUUAUUCAAACAGUAGGCUGUGUAUAUAAAGUUUCAGUAGUUUGUUUUGGAAAGUGGAUGUUGCAACAAUACAUGACCUUUAGUUGCAGUGUUCACAGUCACUACCCUCAGCACAAGCUGUUAUUUAGAUAUUAAUAGCACACUGUGUAUGCUAGCAAGGGCAAAUAAGUUAAAAUUAAAUGCCUUUGUUGACUGAGAUUGUCUUUGGUCAGUCUUUGGUCACAAGCAUCUCAACAUUUACAAUAGAAAUGCAUCUGCAAAAAAGACUGCAACUUCCCAGAUACUGGUAGAAACCUCUGUGGUUACCAUUAAUGUUCAUAGCAUAGCAUUUGGAACAUGCCACAUGAUUGUCCUGUUACACCAUCAGACCAUUCAGUGACCUGUACAAUUUGAUUUAUUUAAUCAUCCCACCAUAAUUUUGUUUUGAGGCAAGCAAGUCUGUGAUAUGCUGUGCACUGUAGCCAAAAUUUAUCCCAGCCAGUGUUAACAUCAGCCGUGCAUGCCACUGUGCACAUGUAUGCCUACAUUUCCAAUCUGUAUCAGACUGUAAUAAUUUUUUUCUGUGUUUGAAUUGUAUAUUGUAUUAUAUAUUAUUUUAUUGUACAUUUAGCCAUCUGUUUUGGACAGAGGUCAUUCAUCAGUUAUGCAAAGCAAAGUACAACUGCACAACUGAUCAACAUCCUCUGUCCAAAAUGUCCUGUUUCUUGUCACUACAAUUUUGACUCUUUCUCUCUCUCUCACUCACACACACACACA